AUGGCCCCAAGUGGUGCUUCUCUGACCUCCCAGGCCAGGGCAGCUGAGUUGAAUGCAGCUACAGCUGCCAGAGCUCGGAUCAUGAAUGGUGAACUAGCUGACAUGAGUGAGCUGCCCUCUAGCCAGCCAAUUUCUCUAGCAGAUUUCACAACGCAAAAUAAAGGGCCUAGGCAGUCCAAGCCAUACCGCGCAGAGAAAGUCGAAGGUCAUGAGCAAUUCAAGCGUCCCAAUCGCCCUGUUGAUCGCUAUUUUCCACCUGUUCUUCCUCCAGUGUCAAUCCAUCCUUAUCCACUGCAAUAUGCCGAUCCUCGCAUGACCUUGUACAGUCCUGGUCCUUAUCCAGUCUCGGAAUAUUUUUAUUCAAUGUACCAGGGGGUUCCCACCUACCACCAGAUGUAUCAAAACCACAUGAAUAACAAUUUCUCUGCUCCUCCUCUUGCUGUCCCUAUUGCUGGUCCUCCUGUUGUUGGCCCUCCAGCUGCCCUGUCUUCAGCUGUCCUUCCAUGGGUUGUACCUCCUCCAGUUGCGCCUCCAUCUACACCCCCCGUUGCACCGCCUGCGAGUCCUGAAAAGAAAUCAACACCAGAAAAAAUGGCCACUCCAACGUCAAGCCCUAGAAAGUCGGUCAAACAAGCUACCCAGAUGAUAUUCAGGCCGCAGGAUAUGAGUCCAUCAAAGUGGGAAGUGGAGCUUAUUCGAUCCAAAGCUGCUGCUGCUGCUGCUCUUACACCUCCUUUGAAACAAACCCAUGAUGUUAUCCAACAGGACAUUAGCUCCAGUGUGUCACCAGGCAAGAAAGCUGAGGUAAACGACCACCCUGAUCACCAAAACGGAGAUCCCAAGCUUGAUGGCUCAAGUGAAAAAGCUACGACUAGUACGAAGCACUCGGAUGGUAUCCAGAAUUCUCGUCGUUCAUUGCAGAAUUCAAGAGCAUCCUCACCUACCAAUCCGACAGAAAUGCCGCGUCCACUACGACAGAAGAACGGCACAAGCAAGCUGGAGCUAGAGCAUCCUUCCCCAGUACGAAUCCUACGAAGGUCGCCCCAACGAGAUCAACUAGCCGUACAAGUAUUUCUCCAUUCAGCACAACUACUUCAAAGGCAGAAUAAUCAGUCAUCGACCGAAAAUAAACCUACCAAGUCGCCGAACGCGGCUACUGGUACCAAGGGCAAUGGCUCAAGCAAACAGCAGCAGUUGAAGUUGGAAAGUGGAGAAUCACACAACAUGAACAUCUCUGGGAAAGAUAACGCGUCUCUAUUUUCUAUGCCCCCUAAGUUGCCCGAGUCUUCCGUUUCAGAAACGCCACGCUCUGGACUGAAAAGACUGCAGUCGCCAUUCCAGCAUCGUGUUAACCCACCGGUGAAGUAUUACAUGCCUAUCGUCAACAAAUAUCCAAAGAACGUCUUUGCAUCGGAGUAUACACGAUGGGAAGCACUCCGUAGCAUAGGUAGCGAUACUGCUUGGAGAGAACUACAGAGCGCGCCGAAAGUAGAGGGUGUACCGGGUCCUUUCAAGGGAUUUCCAAACGUCCCCGUCUCCAUCGAUCAUUCCCCUCUGUUGAGAAAGAAUGGCGCUGUCAUGCCUCCACCAGGACUUGCGGCUUUAGACCCUAUGGUCGUGCCUCGUUCGAUUUCAUGGAAUUCGAAGACUGGCGAUGCAGACCACGCUAGUGUGUAUUAUGAGCGAGUGCUAGGUGCUGAAGAUUGGUUCCACCAGAGCUUAUCUAGGAAAGAUAACACAUCUAGAAAAUUUCAAAGAAAACUUGAUGAAGAGCGAGCGAUGUUAUAUAUUACCAACGGCAAGCCUCACAAUCUCACAACCCCAGCGAUGGCAAUUCAGACUGCCAGUGCAUUCAGGCGCGUCGUGGAGCACCUUUCCUCGUACAUUAGUAGCGAGGAAAACAAGAGAAGAUCAUUUGGAUUUGGUAGCUAUGGCCCUCGUAUCCGCCGCCGCAUCUUCACUUCUGAUGACCUGGAACAAUCAAAAUGA